CGUCCAAGCGAGAGGAAGUAGUGCACCCGCGUAAGUUUGUGGCUAUGUCGGGAAACACAGCGCAUCUGCCUGCAGUAGGAGCCAGAAUAUUGCUCUCAGGUCAUUUCGGCACGAUCAGAUUCGUUGGUGCCGUCGAGGGCACACAAGGGAUAUGGCUCGGUGUCGAGUGGGACGAUCCAGCUCGCGGUAAGCACGAUGGUGUCAAAGACAGUCGCAGAUACUUCACCUGCCGCGUACCAAACUCGGGGUCCUUCAUACGCCCCACCGCUGUCGGGAUCUCCUACGGGACAUCUUUCCUCAAGGCGCUGUUUUCCAAGUAUACCGAGGCUUUUCAUGGUGCCGGUAUUGAAAAGGUGGUUCUCGGAUCGUCCAACGGUGCUAUCGAGGUCGAAGCCGUCGGAUUAGACAAGAUUCGGAGCAAACUUUCGAACCUGCGGUGGCUCCGAGAGGUUAGCCUGGACGACCAGGGUGUGGCGUCGGCUGAUCCAAACGGGGUUAUUCAAAGAACAUGCCCAAGCAUUCGUGGACUCGAUCUGUCGAAGAGCCUGCUACCCUCGUGGGAUGUGGUGACAUUCAUUGUCUCAGAACUACCCGCACUCGAGACCCUAGCUCUAAAUGACAACCGCCUCGCGAUGCCGUCAUUCUCCACUCCGCGGUUCAGCGAGGCAUUCUCAAAGAUCAAGGAAUUGCAAAUCAGCUCGACUCUCACGAGAUGGUCCGAAACAAUGCAUCUGGUCAGUUGCAUGCCGUCGCUGUGCAUCUUGGAGACAGGAUACAACCGUCUGGAGAGGCUUGCGAUCACCGACGGCGCGCCACAAACUCACGCAGAGCAUUCAACAUUGCGAGCUAUCAACUUUGACGGUAAUUCCCUGCACAGCUGGUCUGAUAUUUGUUCCGCUCUCGCAUCCUUUAUGGGCCUGCAGCGCCUCAUUCUUUCGAGCAACAGUCUCACGAUGAUCGAUGAACGCCCAGACAGACAGUCAUCGGGCAUUGGGCAUCUCAAGUACCUCUCCUUAACGGCAAACAGCCUGACGGAUUGGCGAGAUAUCGACCGCCUGUACAGCUGGUGUCCCUCAAUUGAGUCGCUGAGCGUCACGGGAAACCCACUGCUCCAAGAUACCCAUGCACGGCAGUUCACAGUCGCAAAGAUUCCAAGCCUUGCCGUCCUCGAUGGUGCCGCAAUCAGCCCGAAGGAGCGCCUCGACUGCGAGUUGUUUUAUCUGUCGUACGUGGCGAAAUACGGCCCGGAUGACGAAGCAGAGCGGUGCGAGGCGCACCCACGCUGGCGAGAACUGUGCGCGAAACAUACAUUCCAGGACACGCCACGCCUCGCCGGGCAGGGCAAACACGACACACUUGGCAACCGCCUGUUUGGAAUUGUCGCCCACCAAUGCGCACACCCGCCGUCAGGAACGAAUAUCGACGCCACCCAAACGCAGACGCUCAAAGUGCUCCCGUCGAUGUCAAUGCGCACGUUCCGCAUGAAGAUUGCGAAAUCGUUCAGGCUCGACAAGGCCGAGCAGCCCAGGCUGCGGAUAUGGCUGAGGAUGACUGACGGUACCUUUUCCGAGCUCGAUGUCGCGGAAGAUACGCACGAUUUGGCAUGGUGGGGACUCGAGGACAGCUCGGAAAUUAUCCUUGUUACCUGCAAGUCAUAGGGCACUCUCAUACGUCGCAUGAUGCUUCAUUAGACGGAAAUAAAAUAUAUUGGAAAACAUAGUACUGGCGGAAAACGCGGUCUACGAAAACAUGGAAAUACUCACCAUAAUCUCCGUGAUGAACGCGGGAAUGAAAUGUCAGCGGCGUCGUUUAUUGGUCUAGGCAGGAGUUAUGAUGCGCCGGUCGCCGCCGCGAGGACUCGCAAGAAACUCUGAGUUCUUGAUGCGCCUUCGUUGCCAUGAUGGACCUCGCGAGGCGGAUCAAUUUCCGGCAGCAGCAGCGCCAACGAGAAGACAGCGUCGGAAAGACGGGCGGGAACGGACGGAAACGUGGGUUGAUAGAUAAAGCCUUGUUCGGAUUAGGACCACACGUUCACACUUCAGUGACACUGGAUUCGUAGAGCUUGCGGCAGGGGAAGCAUCGUGGCGACCACGGCCGCACCAGGGACAAUGUUCCCGUUCCCGGGGAGGGCAGAGCAGGGAGGACACACGUCUCGCUCGCGGGGCACGUCCACGUCGUUCGUCUUGCACCAUUCGUCUCGCGGAGGACUCCUCCAGAGGCAGGAAGCUCGCCAGGGACAGGACAGGAAGGCAGCCUCAAUCGCGCCAGGGGCCAUGGCCGGAACCAAUGCGUAAUAACCAACCGAGCAAGUAACGACUCCUUCACGGUACAGAUCAUGGCCAGAACAUAUCCCGGAACGGACAACAACGAUUUUUGAGAAAGGGUGUUUUCGGAAAGCAUGCGCGGUCCAAAGGCAAGGCAAACGGGGAGAACUCCAGCGGCACCACGGCCAAACCUCAACGCGCCCAACCGUUAUCUCCAUUGGCUCUGGGAGGCCGGUCGACUUCCCUCUCGUCGCGCCGGCGGUCAUCCCUACGACGAUCAAGAUAAGGGUCAGGUUCUCUUCGGUAAUCAUACGCUCCUCGUCGAUCAUCGUACCCUGCAGGUCUCCUUUCGUCGGGUUCCCUCUUUUGGGGUGGCGACCUGGGGCGACGAUCUUCAUAUUCUGCGCGGCGGGGCGGGGAGCGGGAACGUUCCCUGUGGGCGGGCUUCUCACGACGGUCCUCGCGCGGGUACCGGUCGUCGCGACGAUCGUCGCGAGCAUAGCGGUCACUGUGCACGUAACGCUCGUCACGAGUGUACCUGUCAUCUCGAGCGUACCUAUCGUCACGACGCUCAUCCCUGCGAUCGUCGCGACGAUAAUUGUCCACGCCAUUACGCUGCUAAUCUGUGUCAAAUAAUGCCCAUCA